AUGAAUAGUAAAGAUCUUAUCGAAUUUUCUAAUCUAAGCUCUAGCAUAAAAACAUGCUCAAAUUGUGGUAACAAGAGAAAAAAAGAAGAAUUUUGUCGUUUAUAUAAAGGUAACCCACAAUACGAACAUGCAACCUGUAACCCAUGCCAUCUUAGACAUAAGAAUGCGCGAAAAAGAGUAGACCAACUAACAAGAAAAAAAACAAAGCUUGAAGCUAGCUUAAAUAUGCCAAUGCCAAGCGUUAAUACCACAGUAACUCAGACAAUUAAUAAUUCUAGCAGAUCUCUUUCUGACCUUGUAGGUCUUGAAUUAGACGAUGAUAUUCCUCAAGAACUGUCUUCAGAAUCUUUGGAAAAAGUUAAUGAGAAUGAUAACAUAAACGGACUUCUUUAUACCUUAGAUGAAGUACAAGAACUCGUUGCUAAGCAGUUCCGAGAUUUAGAAGAUUCAGAUGAACCAGUAAAAUUAAUCUUCGAAAUUGAGUUGGAUUCAAGACUUGUUGAAAAUAUUUUUUUGAACCGGGAAUCCCAGUUUGACGCACAAGAUCUAAAAGCAAUUAGAGAAAGCUUUCAUCAACUUGCCAACGUACUUCUCUUACUAUUUGAAUAUGGAUCUGGUUACUAUUGGGAGGUGCGAAAAAUAUAUCUUAACACUAGUAAGAAAGAACUAGCUGGUUGUGCCACUGUAUAUCUUGGAUGUACACAACGUGAGGACAGACAAUGGCAGAGGCCUGAAAAUACACCAGUGAAACGAAAAAGUGAAAUCCGUCCUCAAAUAAAUAGAUACGCAUGUAUGGGAAAUAUGAUAUUUACCAUUGAUCCACAAAAACAACGCGCAAUUGUUCAAUGCAGCCAUCAAUUAGCACACGAGCAUCCACAGUAUAGACAGGUUGAGUUUCCAGCUGCAGCGAAAGAAUGGAUUAGAGAUAACAUUAAAUACAAUUUACAAAGCUCUAAAUUAUAUGAGCUUCUUCAACAGCAUAAGCUUAUUAAUGUUAAUAUACACACAAAAGAACAAGUAUAUUAUUGGGUAACAAUUUUUAGCAGGCAAACAUAUAUGUUCGAUUCAACAGAUCAGCUCUUAUCAGCGAAAAAAUAUCUUGAACAACAACAAGGCUUCAAAAUUACCUACUAUGUAAAAAAUAGUUUUGUAAAAGCUAUUGGGUUUACUACGCCAUUGUUAGAACGUAUUGGUAUUAAAAAUUUAAAAGAAAUUAUCAUAGAUUCUACCUUUAAAACCAACCAAGAACGGUUUGAAUUGUUCGUUGUAAAUGCUAACCAUAGGGGGUAUGGAAUGCCACUAGCAUAUUUGUUUCUUUUGAUGUGUGAUGGAACAGAAGAAUCAUAUAAUAAUCCAAAAAACACAACCUGCACACGUGUACAAGCCCUACGUGAGUUUUUUAGUAGUCUUCGGAAUGAGGGAUUAUUGCCAGCCUUUGUUCUAUUAGAUAAAGAUGCAGGAGAAAUAUCAGCAGUAGAAGAGGCUUGGUCGUGGACAGCGAAUAUACAAUUAUGUUACUGGCAUUUAGAUCAUGCAAUUAGACGACGCCUAAAAGAUAAAAAACCAAAAGCAUCAGGUUAUUCAAAAGAAAAAGCAGCUGAAGCCUCCCAUCAGUUUGAUUUUAUUGACCCUUCGUGGUUUCCAGAAAACAAGAUUGGAAGCUUGUGUUCUGAUGAUCAAAUUAAAAAAAUUGUAAGUAUAUCAAUGCUGCCGGGCUGA